UACUCGCGCCCUCUGACAUCAGCCACCUUCUCUGUAGCUACAGUUUCUCUGCACUCAGAUAUUAAUCCCUGGAGGUGAAAAAUGAGCCUCUCCCCCACCCUUGCUGCCGCCUUUCGCCUCACGCCCCCAGAGAAGAGUUUCUUCGCGAGGCAGCGGGUGAAGGUUUUUUUCCAAGUCACAUGAUCCAGGAUGCAGGGGAGAAUCCUUCUUGGAACAGAGAUGGGCCCAGAACCGAAUCAGAUGAGGAGAGAUAAGGUGUGAUGUGGGGGAGACUAUAUAAGAAUGGACCCAGGGCUGCGGCAAGCACUCAGCCGAGUGGCCCCUUCUCAAGACACAGCCAUGCAUGUGCCAGGAGGCUCGGUCGCCAGCCACUUGGGAACCACCAGCCGCAGCUAUUUCUAUUUCACCACGGCGACGCUGGCUCUGUGCCUCGUCUUUGCGGUGGCAACCAUUAUGGUGUUGGUAGUUCAGAAGACGGACUCCAUUCCCAACCCACCGGGCAAAUUCCCCCUUAAAGGAGGAAAUUGCUCGGAGGACAUCUUAUGUAUCCUAGAGAAAGCUCCAUUCAAGAAGUCAUGGGCCUACCUCCAAGUGUCAAAGCAUAUAAACAAAACCAAGUUGUCUUGGAACAAAGAUGGCAUUGUCCAUGGAGUCAGAUACCAGGAUGGGAAUCUGGUGAUCCAGUUCCCAGGUUGGUACUUCAUCAUUUGCCAACUGCAGUUUCUCGUAAAAUGCCCAGAACAUUCUGUCGACCUAAAGUUGGAACUUCUCAUCAACAAAGAUGUCAAAAAGCAGACACUGGUGACGGUGUGUGAGUCUGGAGCACAAACCAAAAACAUAUACCAGAACCUCUCUCAGUUCUUGCUGGAGCACCUCCAGGUCAACAGCACUAUAUCAGUCAAGGUGGACAAAUUCCAGUAUGUGGAUACAAACACCUUUCCUCUUGAGAAUGUGCUGUCCAUCUUCUUAUACAGUGGUUCGGACUGAACCAUUUCUCCUGGCCUUCAGGAAGAAAGAAGCUCUCUACCAUAUAGUACUUCCUCCAUCCAAACACUUGGGCAAACAGCAAACUUUAGACCAAGACUGAAACCACAAAGCGUGUUAAAUAGUAUGCUUCUCCUUCUGUCUCUUGGGAAGAUACAGUUCCAGGGUCAACACUCUGUUUUGAGUGAUGUAUCUUUCAGACAGAAGGCAGGGAAGUCAUAUGUGGUGGACAGAGUCCCACAAGGGAAUCAGAGGGAUGGAUUUACGGCCCAGCCCAACCACUAACUCAUUGUAUGACCUGGAGCUAUCCCUUUCCCCUCCCUGGAACUCGGGAUCCGCAUCAGAAAAAUGAAGGGGUUGGAUUUGAAUUUCUCCAAAGUUUCUUCCAUCUCAGAAGACCAGGCUCCCUCAUCACGGACUUGUGAACUAAGAAUCCAGGCAGUGUUCCAGAAGCCCCCAACCCAAGGAAAGGCCCUCACACGAGUAUAAAACCAAUGGUGCCUGGCUGCAUGGCACCUUAGCAGAAUCAGAAUUGGACCGCAAGGUUCAGGGUACCUGGCCAAAUGAUGUGAACUGUAGGAUCUAAAAUGUAUAAAAGAAAGGACUGCCAAACUGACCAUCCUGAAUCUAAGAGGCCAUUGACCAGGCUUGACUCCAUUCCAGUUAAGACUGACAGUAAGCCAACAACAGACAGCUUUUGUUUUCUGUCAGGAAAGUGCUGUGUGUGCACUUGUCACUCAAUCAGCGUGCAAUGGUCAAGGCGAUGUAGUCAUUUGGUCAGGGAACAAUGGCUGCCAUCUCUAGCACGAUCUUUUUCUGUUCCCUGCUUCAAACACCUCUCAGAAAACCAUUUCUGUGGAGGGUUUUGAAGGCCCCACAAAGUUGUUGAUAGAGAAUGAUGACCCGAAAAAUGGCGAGAAGGACUUCUGAACAAUAGCAACUUCCUCUCCUGACUCGGGUAGCCAGGGGAUUUCUCGAGUUUCAUCAAUCCUUACAUCUGGCCAUCAUCUUUGAAGGGGCAUCUUAUUUGUUUGAAAGAAGGACCAUUUGACUUGAAGUGUAAGCCCCUGAUUUUAUGCUGCAGAAGGAAAACGGACCCUUAACUGCUGUGCAAAAGAAUGGAGAAAAAUUUGUGGUUUUCUCAAGAGGGAGGAGAGAAAAGAAAGGAGUAGGAAUUCAGAGAAAGACUGAAAAAGGUUUAAAAGAAAAAAAAAAAACAAGAAUGGUGGUAUGGAUGAGAGGGAUUUGGGAGAACAAAUUGGCUAAGGGACAAUUUUAAGUCAUUUGCUGAGCAGUGUGCUAUGUCAACCUCCUCCUGGGUCUGCUCUGUGAAAUAGUCAGUAAAGCCUGCAUUUCUCUUUAACGCUUUCUGUGAGUAGAUUCUUGGGGAUGAGUGGGCAUUGGGAGAGGUGUUGAAUUCAGCAAGCCAAGUGAUAUGUGGUAAAAACAUAGACAGGUUUUAAGGACCCACAGCUAUAGAAUAAGGGUGCAUUGGCAUUUGAGUUAUUCCCUAAUUCUGUAGGACAAAUGAAUUUUGCUUAACCAACUCAUGCAUUCCUGAAGUAUCUGCAACCUGAGCAUGUGUAAGCUAAACAAAUUUUCUACCGUCAUAUUCUAACUUGAGAAAGAUUCCAUUUUCGUUUUUCACCAACCAUCCUCUGAGCAGAGGUACAUGAUUUUUGCAUUGCAAGUGGUUCCUCCUGUCAGUCUCUGUUAAGCAAUGCUCCAAAAGCCAACAGCUGAAGACACAGGGGGUAGAGCACUUAAAGGAAUCUUGUAGCAAGACAAAAAUUGGAAAAGAGAAUAAUCAUGAAUAACUCAAUUGAAAGAUACAUGGGGAAUGGACAAUCUAGGAAGUUUAAAACUAAAUUUUGUUACUCCCUGAGGGUUAACCAUCCCCUGGGAAUGUUAUGAGCAAAUGACACUAUCUAUGCAAGUAAGACAAAUAACUUUUCUAACUGGGAACCCAGGCUACCUGAAACAUAUGCCUCGUUGGUGAAAAUGCAACUUCACUCAGUUGAGUGAGACCCCAACACACACAGUAUACUUGUAGAACUUGUAGAGGAAGGUGAUGGGUGAGAUGAUGAAAAAUAACAAGUCAAUGUAGACUAAAUAUAUUCCUCCCCUUGGGAAAAUUCAUAGGACUUUUUUUCUCAACGUUUGGUAGGAAUCUGUCUAUUGCCCACUAAUGCCUCCUGUAACUCCCUUAUCCAGUUCUUCCUCGGAAUCCUCAAGUCACACAGAGGUUGGCUCAGAGAAUGGUCCAGCACCCCAGGAGGGUUGAUAUGAACAGUCUCUAAAGGGAGAAAGUGCUGAGAGAAACUGGGCAGAAUUUAUCAAAAAAGAGAGCCUUCCAGAAUCCCUGGAAUACCACUGAUUAUUCUGGCAAUGGGGAACAAAGCUUUUAAAUUAAGGGUAUAGAGCAGUGAGUCAGUGUCAUCUCUAGAUAGAUCCUGAGAGAUGGACUAAGCCAAUGUUUGAAUGGAAGACCAAUACGGGGCGGGGACUUGUCAUGUCCUCACACGGGAUGAGCAGCAGAGCUAAGAUUCGAGCCCGGCCUCCUGACUCCUGUCUCUGCACUUCCCACCAGGCUUUUCUGAUCUUCUCCUGUAGCCUGUCGGUAAUUCCUCAGCUCACAUCUUUCAAGCUCUCUAUUGGAGCAGUCCUCAGCAUUCAGGGAUUUCCUCUGUUCUGCCUUGUCCCCACUCCAAUCACUCCAGGAUCAUCAUUCUAAUGUGAGGCACAGAGGGUCUGUAGAUUCAGUACAUGGUCAAAUCUCAGAAAAGGGUUAGGGUCUCAUGAUAUAAAAGUUCUGUCUGUCAGAAACUGAAGAAAUAUAUGACAAGGCCAAUAUUUUUUCCAAUAAAAAAUUAAAAGAUUGUUGUUUUAAUUUGAAGUGAUGCAUAUAUGUAUGUGUAUGUAUAUAAAAUACAUAUUUGUGUAUUAUGUACACAUAAAUAUGUAUAUAUGUGUAUUAUAUACACACAUAUAUGUACAUAUAUGUGUAUGUGUAUAUAUAUGUACUUUUCCCUAGUAAUUGUUUUACGGGUCAUCUGCUUAACCUGGGGUCAAGGGAGGAAGCCUGAUUCUUGCUCUGGGCAUUGCAAAAUUGAUAUAUGCUUGUAUUUAUUUUUAAUUAUGAAAAGAACAGAAAAUAAUAUUUUUCCCAUGCCUCACCAGCUUAUUUAAUAACUAUUAAUAUUUUGCUAUGUUUUCUUCUGCUUUUUUUAAAACAUUAAAUAAUACAGGUAGAGCUGAAGUCCCACUCCUCCUCCAUUUCCCUACACCCUCCCCAGAGACAACCACAGCCCGGAAGUUGGUGUGUCCCCUUUGCUUACAUAACUUUAUCCUUGUUUUUCCAUAAGAAUAUAUAGUACAA